UCAUUCACGCAUGUCGUCCGUCAGAAAAGAAAGGCGAUUUUUGUGCUUCGAUGCAUAAAAUUAUCCAAAAACACUCAGUUUAUUUGUGGAACAAUUGCAUUCAGUGCUUAUCGGUGGACCAGAAGUAGGGGGAAAAUUUGUUGUAGACCGGUACCUAUGUAUAUUUACAUUAACUAACGAAGUAUUUGAGCCUUGAUCCACAUCUAUCUCUGCAUAGCUAUUAGCUCCUAAAUUAUAUUAUUUGCGUAGUUUCCUGUGCUCGCGCGACAAUUGUCUUGUUUUAAAUUGAAAUAAAUAUCUUCGUAGCACGGUGACCUCCUGAAUAGUGAUGUUUUUCGCAAUAUUUACCGGUGUAGAAAAUUCCGCAGUGUGUGCUAAACAAGUUGAUUGAUGAAGAAACAAUCUACUGAUGAUAUUGGCUGUGAGACCUUUGGUUAUAUCCUUUUCAUUCCCAUUCCCAUACUAUAUUUCCUAGCGACAUUCCUUAACAUAUAAACACUGCCAACGCCAUCGUCAUUCCAUUAGUUACAAACCCAGUGUCUUUGUCAGUGAUAAAAAAUAUAUUUUUAUCUAUAAAAUUCACACGCUUAUAUUGAUAUAUAUCUACUUUUUAGUAGAAUUUAUGUAUUUUAUACCUUAGCUUGAAUUUUUCUUAAUCGAAAAAUUGUAAUAAGAAUAUUUGCACUUUAAUAUUUUGAGCACACAAUAAUUGACAAUUUAAUUACUAAAUAGAAGCAAUAAUUAGUAUUAAUAUAAGAUAUAGCACUAUAUUUGUCGAUUUGUUUUAAGAUACAAUACUUAAUCUUACAGUAAGCGAACGACGAUAUUUAAUCGACACAUUCGAAAUUUGAAUUUAAACUUGACACAUUCAAGCAUUUUGAUUAACUGACAACGCGUUCUAAAUUCGAAAUCGACGUACCCAUUCGAAAAACAUUUAGACAUUGACAAUUGUGUUCUAUAUUCAAAUCCUGUUCCAAUUCCCAUGAUGAUCUGAUCUCCACAAUGAGUUCCUCUCCAGCCGUGGAGUCGUCGACACCAGCGCCAUCUUCGCCAGCCGUUCGCCUGCCGGACUACACGCACUUUCAGACCUCUACGCCAAAUUAUUUAAAGAAGACACACCAGCCUCUGAACGUGGUCCUGUCAAGUUCAGCACCGUCCUCUCCGCCAGUUUACGGUGAACCAACGCUUACACCUCCACCCCGAUCCCCGGGUGCACCCUUAUCGACCCCUGCUUCAGGAGACAGAGCCCAACUGCCCGACGGCACAUCUUCAGAUAAGUCCUCAGAAACGGCAGUGGGCGUAUCGAGGAACUCAAGCACGGCGUUGUCUCGGAAAGAGAGUUAUAAAGCGCAGAGGCAACAUUAUAGGAAAGAGAAGAAAAGAGCCGCUACAGCACUUCUGCACUCGAUUGAGGACCCCUCGGUUGUGGUGUUGGCUGAUUGGUUGAAGGUUCGGGGGUCGUUAAAGUCAUGGACUAAGCUGUGGUGCGUUCUCAAACCUGGUCUUCUGCUGCUGUAUAAGAGUCCAAAGGCAAAGAGAAGUCAUUGGGUCGGUACUGUUCUGCUGACGUCGUGUCAGGUGAUCGAAAGACCAAGUAAAAAGGACGGGUUUUGUUUCAAACUCUAUCAUCCGUUGGAGCAAAGCAUUUGGGCGCCGAGAGGACCUCAUAACGAGACUAUAGGUGCAGUAGUCCAACCGCUGCCAACAGCCCACUUGAUAUUCCGAGCGCCAUCACAAGCUGCGGGUCAUUGCUGGCUGGACGGCCUCGAAUUGGCUCUACGAUGCAGCAAUGCUAUGCUCAGAUGUUCCCGCUCACGACCUGAACAAACGGUAGAAGCGGAUGCACCGUCAACCCAAACGAAUAUAUCGCACGAAGAACUAGAGAAACAUUUUAAUGAACACGAUGUCCUCAUCCCGAAUGUGUCUGCAGAACUAGCAGGUGCCGCGUCAGACACAGACAGCGAAGCCUCCAGGCAGGGGAUGCCGGUGGUGUCGCUCAGUGCUGAUCCCUUGGCCAGGAAACGGGAGGUUCUCAGUAGAAUAGAGAGUCUCUACGUGGAAGACCCGGAUCGGGAGAUUGGAGUGGCUGGUGAAUUAGUAGAAGAAGUAGCAGAAGAGAACAAGUCGUUACUAUGGUUCCUACUGAAGCAAGUGCGGCCGGGAAUGGAUUUAAGCAAAGUAGUUCUGCCCACGUUUAUUUUGGAGCCUCGGUCGUUCCUGGACAAGUUGUCUGAUAAUUAUUAUCACGCGGAUUUAUUAGGACAGGCACAAAUUCUAGAAGACCCGUACCAAAGGUUCAAAGGAGUCCUUCGUUGGUACCUGUCAGGUCUCUAUCGGAAGCCCAAAGGUCUCAAAAAGCCAUACAAUCCAGUCCUUGGAGAAACCUUCCGAUGUUGCUGGCGACACAAGAACGACACCUACACGUAUUAUAUAGCUGAGCAGGUUUCACAUCAUCCUCCAGUGUCGGCGUUUUAUGUAUCGAAUAGGAAAGAUGGAUUCGUUAUUGAGGGUAGUCUGUUAGCUAGGUCUAAGUUUUAUGGUAACUCAACGUCCGCCAUUUUGGAGGGGUGCGCGCGGAUACAUUUACUAAAUUGGGGGGAGACGUAUAUUACAACGGCGCCGUACGCGCAUUGUAAGGGAAUUGUUAUUGGUACACUUAGUAUGGAGCUUGGGGGAAAGGUGCACAUAAUAUGUCAGGAGACUGGAUAUCAAGCGGACGUGGAAUUUAAACUGCGGUCUUUUCUCGGUGGCGCGGACCAAACAAAUGCUAUUUCGGGAAGGAUUAAGCGUGGCAAGGACACAAUCGCGACCGUCGAGGGAUAUUGGGACGGACGGAUCGAUAUUAAAGAUAAGAAAACUGGGGACGAAACAAGUCUCCUAGACGUAUCAGUAUUAAAAGAGCAACGUCUGCCCCGGUAUUUGGUGGAUGUCGACAAACAGCACGAGUGGGAAUCCCAGAGGCUGUGGAUCAAGGUUUCUGAAGCCAUAUUGAGUGAGGAUCAGGUGCUAGCGACCGAACAGAAAACGAUAAUUGAAGAGGCGCAACGUGCACGUGCACGUAAUUUGUUAACUGCAUGGACACCGAGACUGUUCCAUAGUGAUUCUAGAGCUGUGCCGCCAGAAGGAAUCAUUGACCAAGGAUGGAGAUACAAUCAUACAGAUACAAGUCCCUGGCAACCGGAAGAAAUAAUAGAGUAUGAAGAUGAUUUCAUAAUAACGUCGAUAAAAACUGGUGCAUCCAUGGGCCCAAGUAACGAGGCGAGGCUCAGGGAGAUGUCGCAUCGGGCUUCGGAUUCCGAGAGUCAUGAUGACUUGGCGAGGAGAUCCAAGACUUCUACCCGCACAUUAAAGCAAACCCUACACUCGAUAGACUCGACGCUACGCGAACAAUCAAUCGCCAUAGAAAGAUUAACGAAAAAUGUUGAGAUGCUGAACGAAGGCCAGCGGGCAGCUGCCUUUCACCCACAAAAUGUUGCCAGGAUACCCACAGCCUCGCACUCUUGGGACCUUUUCGGUGGAUUUGUGCUGGCGAUGGUGUUACAGGCCCUUUUGAAUUGGAUCUUCCACCAACGAGAGCAGAGGGACUAGUGCGAAUGCUUUUGUAGAUGAGUUCUGACUAUUGCCGUCCCGCUCACGCUGGUUAGACUGAGCGAGACGGCGAUAGAUUGGGAUUUUGGCAUGUGUGAAAAUCCUUUGUGGACGAUUUGUUAAUUCAUCGAUGAUGACAGCUGACAGCUGUCAUUUUGACAGCAGGAAAGUCGUCUUAUACAUACUUGCCUCUAGCUUUUGUGAAUUGUAUAUUAUUAAUUUAGAUAUUCAGAGCUUAUCGAUAAAAUAAUUUUUAUCAAUAAUUAUAAUUAUUGUAUUGCUCGAAUUGCGAUUUUUUUUUAAUUGUUCAAGUCAAAAAUAUACGCCAUAACAGUUUGCGAUGACAUUUUUUUUCACUUCGGUAUAUAAAUUAAAUGCUGCUAAAACAAAAAAUCCUUAGGUGAAUACAUUAUUUUGCAUAUAUAUUUUUGACUUCUACAAUAUACGCCAAAUAUAUUGAUAAUAAAAUACAAUAAUCUAUAUAAAAGAAUUGUGUGCGGAGUAUUUAAUAAUCGAAUGGUAUUUUCGGAGCUUUAUAUAUCCCAUAAAUAUUUAGCUGUCAAACAUACUCUGCAUACAAAUUUGACAGGUCUGUCAACGUCCAGUUUGGCGCCGAAAUUACUGUCAGUAAUGCCGCGCGGGAUCUCGCAAGUUUAGCGAAAACUUUUUCGUGGAUUCCCGCUUGUUAUGUAAAUCAUAGUUUUAGAUUCCCUAAAGUAAUGUUUGAAUCGCUUGAUUUUUUUAAUACAGCAUACCUACGGUGCAUCGGGCCGUGAAGUUUUAUAAACGUUUGUCUAUGGAUACCACAGAUUGCUUAGACAAUAGACAGACUCGCCGCCAUACUUAAUAUCAAGUAUGACUCGCGAUUGUCAAAGUCGUGUUGUAUUUUUGUCCGCGUUAUAAUUGAUUUUUUUUUUGUAAUCAUAACAGUUAUUUCGUAUGUCAAAAUUGUUUUUGGAUAGUCUGCGUUUGAAUACACCAAUUUUCGUAUUAAUUUCUAGAAUUAGACUAGCGUGUAUAUUGAUUGUUAGCUUAAAAUCGAAUAAUUAACGUAAUUGUAUUCUAACGAACGUCCAGAAAACACGAGCUGCACUAACUAAGCGGAAAGAGUGUCCCAAUUCUUAAAAGGCCGGCAACGCACUCGCGAGCCCUCUGACAUUCAGUCCAUGGGCGGCGGUAUCACUUUACAUCAGGUGCUCCUCCUGCCCGUUUGCCCCCAGUUCUAUAAAAAAAUAAGCGGAAACAUCGCUUGAAUAUAAUACGUUUUAGAAACUGAAUGGAAAAUCGAGCUGUCAAAAUAUUGACGUAUAACGUACGUAUGACGUGACGUAAGACGUAUACGACUGGAUGAAACGUCAAAACGUUUAAACCUUCACGGCUCAAUGUAUAGAAUUGGAUUUAGACACUUUUAUACUACGUAUUAUAAGCGGUAAAUUAUUCCUAAUAAAUUCUUUUAUCACAUUCCUUGCACGCUUUGGAACAUUUUUCGUCCGAUUGGAUUGCAAUUGUAAGGGUUUUGUGGUUUUAAUUAUUAAUUCAGAAUAUUUUCUGUUUCCGUUCAAUGAUCGUAGAAUUCGUAGAGAACAGAAACUGGCAAUCCAAGAAAAUCGAUAAAUCUGACACCGAGGCUCGCAAGUUUGCCAUAUGCGACUAUAUAUUUAUUAAUUUAUAUUGUUUUUUUAGUAUAUUUUAUUAGUAUAAAUACGAAAGCGUGUUUUUUACGCUGUGACGAAGUUAUUAUAGAUUUUGAUAGAAUCGGUUUUAACGAAGCCUUUGAUUGGGUAAUAGACAUUUUUUUGAUCAGCUAAUGAAAUUUUUUGAUGAAUGGACAUGGAAUCAUUGAAUACAAUCAGAGAGUGUUAGAUCGCUCACUGUUAGUUGUUUUAAAUAGAAAUCGUUCGGUAAUGCUAAAAUUUACGUUUUGGUAUAAGUACCGUAUAGAAACAUAAUGUACAAUUUUUUAAUGUGCAUAAAUAGGCCUCUUCCAAAGCGUCACUUAAAUAAAUAGAAAUGACUGGCAAUGCAUUCACUAAAAUGGGUAUAUAUGGGCGAUGACAGCCCUUUUCUGGUUACCCGUAUAUGGUCUAUAAUUUUUUUUUGUUAGCCAGAAAAUGGAAUCAAGAUUGAAGACAAGAAGUCACUAUUAGGAGUUGCAAAGUAGCCGUGUUACUUACUACGUUACUUUUGAAUAUUUUUAAUUGCUAAAAUUUAUAUUUCGUCUUUAGCUUUGAGAAAUAAAUAUGAAUAUGAUUUAAGAUCUAUGUGGGAGACCGAUAACGAAGCAUCAAAUUUUGUAGGCCCUUUAAGGUAUCCCUCUAAUAGAAUUUUCAUUAUCACAAAACCCUUUUCAAAUUUAAUACGCCAUUGCCCAAUUUUGUGUAAAGCAUUUAGAUAAGAUAAUUUAGAUUGUUGAUAUUUUUGUUGUUUUAUUCAUUGAAUAUAUAUUUUUUUCCAAUUGA